AUAAACAAGCUAAUUGAUUAGGUGCCGCCUGGCAUGUAAAUAUCGGCCCAGAUUGUGAUUAAUUAGCUUGUUUAUUUUGGCUUUUUUCUUAAAAAUGUGCUGGGUGCGUUCCGGCUACCACUGCAUUCUUCGCGGCCCGGAGUUUGGGGACCACUGGUCUAUAGAAUCAAAAUCAGAUUUAAUAUCACCGGCACAUGUUCUGAAAUUUGUUAUGCAGCAGCAGUACAACGCCAUACAUAAUACGGUUCACUUCAGUGACUGAUGAACAGCCCUACCUGUUUUGAAAAGCAGAUGUUACAUUCUUCAGUUUGACCGUGCCAUGGCUGCUCAGAACGAUGGUCCUUGUGAUCUGGAGCUCUUCCGUGUGGUUCAGGCUCCAGCAACUGUCUAUUACAUUCCCAACUUUAUCACCAUGGCUGAAGAAAAAUAUCUGCUGCAGCAGGUUUAUGAUUCACCCAAACCCAAGUGGACUCAGUUGUCGGGAAGAAGACUACAGAACUGGGGUGGUUUACCUCACCCGAAGGGAAUGCUCAUUGAGAAGCUACCUGAUUGGCUGGAGAAGUACACAAAGAGAAUAUCAUCCAUGCAGCUUUUCUCAGGGAAAGUUGCUAAUCACGUUUUGGUUAAUGAAUACAACCCUGGUGAAGGAAUCAUGCCUCACGAGGAUGGGCCUCUGUACUUUCCAACUGUGACCACUAUAAGCCUUGGCUCUCAAACCCUACUAGAUUUCUAUCAUCCCAUUACAAGAGAGAAUGAAAAGGGAGAGAUUGCUUUGCCUCAAACCGAAGAGAAUCGCUACUUUUUAUCUCUGCUACUUGAGCCACGUAGCCUCCUGGUGCUGAAAGAUAGCAUGUACUUGAAGUAUCUACAUGGAAUCAGACCCGUGUCAGAGGACAUUAUCACAGACAAGGUGGCAAACUUGACGUCUUGCAACUCAAAACUUGGAGCUGUUUUAACGAGGACUACAAGAGUGUCUCUGACUAUUCGUCAUGUGCCAAAAGUUUUAAAAACUACCAUAUUAUUGGGGAAGAAAAAAUAAGAGAGGAUUUUCUUUAAAAUAAGUUGAGGCCCCCGCCCCCCACAGGACACCUCCUCCCUCAAUAUCACCUCCCUGAGUAAAAAGGCACAGCUGUACCUUCAGUUCCUGAGGAGACUGAGGCAAGUGAGGCUCCCUACCUACCCACACCCAUCUUGACUACAUUUAAAGGAGCACUAUUGAGAGUGUCCGACAAGUUGCAUCUUUAUCUGGUAUGGGAGCAGCCAAGCAUUGGAUCAGAAGUCUUGACAAAGUCAAAGUCAAAUUUAUUUAUAUAGCACAUUUAAAAACAACCCACAUUGACCAAAGUGCUGUACAGAUCAGAGCAACAACCAACAAGGCAAAUGGCUUAUAGGCACCAAAGAAACAACACAAGGGCCUAGGCACAUGGUCCUGAAGGAACAUUGUUUCAUUUUUACUGUGCACUGUACUGGCAGUUAUGGUUGAAAUGACAAUAAAAGCGACUUGACUUGAAAAUCAGCCACAUCAGGAGGAUUCAAACGCUAGUGAAUAGAAGUAAGUUUUGAGCCCGGAUUUAAAAGAGUCGAUGGUGGGGGCAGAUCUGAUAGGGAGGGGAAUGCUGUUCCACAGUCUAGGAGCUACAACAGCAGAAGUGCGGUCACCCCUGAGCUUAAGUUUAGAUUGUGGGACAGCCAGGAGCCCCAAGUCAGCUGACCUGAGGGACCUGGAAGUAGAAUAAGGGACUGUUAGAGUGACCAAGAAGAUCACAGGGAUCGCCAAUGAUCUAAUGGGGUCGUUUUUCAGGAGUGCUGCAUACACAGGGCACUUAGUGUUAUCAAGGAUCCCACCCAUCCAUCCAGCAUCCUCUGACAUUCUACAUCAGGUAGGAGACGCCGAUACAUAAAGACAAGAAUGGUCAGUAUGGGAAACAGCUUCUUCCUGCAGGCCGUUAGGCUUCUGAACUCCCUGCCGCAUCACAUUCGAAAAGUCUCUAGAUCAUAUGUACUGUACCCUGCAAUACUUAAUUUAUGCACUUUGUUUAUUAUUAUGUAAUUCAUUUGUGGAUUUAAUGCUUACUUUCCUAAGUUAUUGUGUGUCAUGAGUACUACUGUGCUUUACACCCUGGUCUGGAGAAAUGUCUUGUUCUGUGGUAUACAUGUAUACAGUUAAAUAACAAAAAACUUGAUUUGACAAGAAUGGUGAUAGCAAAACAAGCCCUUUCUUCAUACUCCACACACCCCAGGACAGGCCUCCACUUUCUCACUCCCAAAUAAGGGACAAAAAUAGCAGUCAAAUACGGGACACUUGUGUUUACCCCGAGAAAAGCUACCAUGACCAUGAAGCCUUGCUGGGGCACCUGCGUGCGCAUGUGUGUAUGUGCCGAUUUUUUUCUACGAAUGGGUUUUGGCUUAAUCUUCCCUAUUCUGUUAAGUGAAACUACACUGUACAUACAUUAUUCCUACUUUAUAUAGGCUGUGUAUUUAUCGUAUCAGUCUUGCUUUUACUAUAUGUUAGUGUUAUUUUGGGUUUUAUGUGCUAUUUGAUAUGAUUUAGUAGGUUAUUUUUGAGUCUGGGGACGCUCAAUAAUUUUUCCCAUAUAAAUUAAUGGUAAUUGCUUCUUCGCUUUACGCCAUUUCGGCUUAUGAACGGUUUCAUAGGAAUGCUCCACCUUAGCGGGGAAAAUACGGGACAAGGACAGUCCUGUAUGGGACAAACCAAUUUAGCCCAAUAUACAGGAUGCCCCAGCUAAUACAGGACAGUUGGCAGCCCUAUCACGUUUCUGGGCCUUUGGAUUCCAGUGGACUCUAACUAUCAGACAUCGGAUCUUUGACUUCCCCAGCAAUCUUGCAAAGACUCACAGACCCAAGGCUUCAGCCAUCGGGCCUCAACUUUCGGACUUUCAAUCUACCCUGGACUCGCCAAUGAUAUUGAAAUGAAGACCCCAAAUUCUGGGCCUUAAACUCAGGUCUCACCGACUUGCGUACCUGGGAGGCCAUCGGCCCUCGUGCCUCCUGUCCGCACAGAACUGCAAUCCCAGAAAAUGCUGCCGAUUCAUUCUCAUUUACCUUAGGGUGGGGGCCACCAGCCUUUGUCCUCGCUGGUCUGCCAGACCAACAUUCAACCUCAGGAACUAUGUACGUAAAUUCCACACAUUUAUUUAUUUAGCGAUACAGCUCAGUAAUAGGCGCUUCCAGCCCAACAAGGCCGUGCCACCCAACUACACACACGAGACCAAUUAACCUACUAACCCAUGUAUCUAGAAUGUGGGAGGAAACCCACACAGCCAUGGGGAGAAGGUACAAACUGCUUGCAGUGACCCCAGGUUGCAUUACUGAUGAUCUGCCCCAGUGCACACCCGGUUCAUUAAGCCAAGGGGUGUCGGACAUGUUCAAGAAAGGCGUGGCCCAGAUUAAAGUGGCUCCGCUACCCUAUCCGCCACAGACCCACAUACCUCACCACACUAAACUCUAUAACUUUAUCUCUCCCAGCCACACAUAUACAUCCACCAGCCCUACCCUCAAACCUAAUGCUCAGGUCCAAGGGGGCACACACCACCACUAAUCCUAGGUGCACCCCAUUUAACCGUGGCCACACCCCUACAAACCCAAUGACAUGCAAGGAGGAGGAAGAUCCAAUAAAGGCAAGUGUUGGACCUGGUUAAUGAAGGCGUGGGCCAGAUGAAAAUGGUAGGGUUGUGUGACACUGAAUCGCGCGUGACAAGAUCAAGCACAAGAGGGAUGAUUCUCCCACUGCCCGCAUACUCUCAACCCUGACUGGUCAAACAAAAUUGUUUUGGAAACAGCAAUGAAGAAUCCCUCUGCAUGUGAGUGUGACGGAAUACCAGACUCUCCUCCAGGGCUUUCGUGACUGACACUAGUGGAAACCAGAGGAAGCUACUGAAAAAAUGUAGGAAGCCCCAAACACCAUCAGAGAUGGAGGACCUUCAUUGCUGCUCUAAAUGCUGCUGGUGUAAUGGGCAAUAAGUAACAAGUAAUGUUACUGUGUACAAUAGGCUGUCCUGAAAUACAUAGCAACUACUCUGCCAUGGUUUAAUAAAUUACUGACUGUAAUAUAAAUGAAUGCUUGUGGUCAUGAAUAUUGAAAAAUUAGGUUUUAUUUACUGUAAUUAGUAAUACAUGUUACCACUUUAUUAAAAUCUGACACUUGUUUUCCAUGACCAUGUCUGAGAUGCCAAAGUGUUGGGAUGGACAGUAGUUUUGAUGAACUGUCGAUCAUAGUCUCUGCAUGAUUUGCUGUUGUUUGCAUG